AUGCCUUCCAUAUUAGUACAACCCUGCUAUUCCCAAAUAGCAAGAUCCCUGUCUACUGCACAGCUCGAGGCAGAGAGGAGCCACCCGGCUUGAUCACGCAGGCAGCAGAACAGCAGCAUGGGAGCGGACAAGAAGCACAAGCCGAGCCCCAGGGACCAGGAUCAGGCAGCUAAGGGGACGUCGGAAGCGCAGCAGACCCCCAAGGAGAACAAGGCCGAAGCCAAAAAGAAGAAAACACUGGAUGAAUCGCAGACUUGCUGCGGCUGCCGCUUUCCGCUCCUGGUGGCCUUGCUCCAGCUGACCCUUGGCGUGUCUAUCACAGUGGUGGCAAUCAUUAUGGCUAUAAACUGCUCCUCAUUACUAGUCAGAGACACCCCACACUGGGCCGGGAUCAUUGUCAGUGUUGUGGCCAUCUUGGGUUUGAUCUUGCUCUGUCUCCCCUAUCAUCCUGAUGAGAAGACGUCUGGACAAUUUGCCUUGAAGCUGCUGUAUUUCCUGCUCAGCGCACUCAGCUUGAUCAUUUGUGUCCUGGUCGUGGCCUUCGCUGCUCACCAUUACAAUCAGAUAACCAAAUAUACUUGCAAGAUGGCAGUUGACUCAUGUCAGUGCACCCUGGACCCGUCAGACCCGCUGAGCCGCACCUUCGUCUACCAGAAUGUGGCCGACUGCGACACCGUCACCACCACCCUCAAGAUCUUUGUGCUUCUGCAAAUGACUCUGAACCUGCUGCUUGCUCUGGUCUGCUUGGCGGCCUGCUUCAUCAUGUGGAAGCACCGCUAUCAGGUCUUCUAUGCGGGCAUGUGGCUUCAAGGUUCAACAGCACCUGAGACUCCCCAACAGAAAGUAUAGAGGGGAGAACCCAUCUGAUGUCAGCUGGCAAAGUGAAACUUACUACAGCACUGACCGGAUCCCAAUACACCUGGGGUCACAAAAAUAUUCAAAUAUUCAGCUUUUCUAGACCCUUUGUCUUCAGGGAUCUCACUUUCCUCUAACAUCUACUAAAAUCCAAAUGUACCCCACUUUCUAACAGAACUGACAGCUUUCCUGCCAACAUUUUCCUGGAUUUGUACUGGGACCCCUAAAUGCCUUACUCCACAAAAGUGGUCUGUCCAGCAUACCGAUUCUAUGAAUGUAACCAACCAAAAAAUUGUCAUAAAUGUAGCCAUUCUUGAGCCAAUUUCUUCAGUAUAUUUAACUACUGUUAGUCGCUUCAGGGGUGGUGGGAAUAGGUUUGAUCUAGAAAUCUAAUUGUUAAAUGCCCACAUGACUUUCUGAGUUCUUAGAGGGUGGGGAUCUCUUAUGCCGAAUCCCCAUCUAUUAGCCAGAGUAGAUAGGGCAUCUACAAACAGCGCUUCUAUUACUGGAGGACCUGACAUGUACUGUGCAUACUACACAAUACAUAAGCAGAGCAUUCAUUUCAGUGGCCACCCUGUAAUGCUAAAUUUCCCCUGCGGGUGCGCUGCAGGGAAAUUGAUUGCUUGCUUCCAAGUUCACCAACAAAUUACAACUGAUUGCUAGGGAUCCCUUUAGUGUCUCACCCUGUGAUCAGGUUAUUUUUGAGAAACCUUCUAACUAAACAGAUUGUAAUGUUGUACAACCCCUUUAGGGAAAUAUUCUAUAUCAUGUAAAGCCAUAUUUAGAGGGAAUGUUCUGGGACUGGUACCAAAGCUAUUUGAAGAAUUUGCUGUACAGAGGGUUAAUUAUCAGUAUAGGAAUGGUACAGGCCACUUCUGCUUUUAUUAUCCUAUUGUGAUCUUGGUAUACAGCAUGUCUUAUACUCUAAACACAACCAAAGCAUCAUCUAUAUUUUUUAUUUUUUAUUUGGGCUCACAUCUCUCUGUUACUUCUUGCUGGUCCAAGUUCUUGUACAGAGCAUGCUUUGCAUUGGCAAAUUGUUGGAGAUUCAGUGCUUCUACCAUGCAUUCUACAGUAGUCUGAUGUAACUAUACAACUUCUCUCAUAAUGAGGUAUGCCCACAGAGUUCAGACACUUCCUGAAGCAAUCAGUGAAGUGGCUGAAAUAGAGCUCCUGAAAGCUCACAGCAGCACAGAGCAAUUGCGUAAGAUUGGUACCAGUUUGGGAAGACUGGUCUGUUACUGUAAAGUCUAUCAGACUCUGCAGGCAGCCAUAUUAUAUGUGCACAUACUGACCGUGUCAUAGUCAAUGCAGCCUGGUGCGUGGACUUCAGGUAUAAGCCUUAUAAAAAUGUACAAAUAAAUAUGUAUCUAACAGAACAAAAGGA